AUAUUGACACGGUGGAUAGAAAGCUGACGUGGUCAUUUGAAGGGAAGACCAUUUUUAUAAGAAAGAGGAGAAAGAACUGUGUCGGAGGUUCUAGAGGGAGCUUGAGUCGCUAUAAGAAUUGAAUUUCAAAGUAGCAGAACCAGAGAAGGACACCAGUGUGGCUCCGUCGCAUUCUCAGAUCGUCCGACAAUGGGGAAGCAGCCGGUGAGGAUGAAGGCCGUCGUGUACGCGCUGUCGCCGUUUCAGCAGAAAGUGAUGAGCGGACUGUACAAGGACUUGCCCGGAAAGAUCCAACAAAAAGUCUCCGAGAAUUGGCUCAACGCCGUCCUCUUCCUCUCUCCCCUCGUCGGCACCUACGCGUAUGUUCAACAAUACAAGGAGAAGGAGAAGUUAGCCCACCGUUAUUGAACAACAUGAUGUGCUCCCUGUAGUAGUAGUAGUAAUAAUAAUAGAGGGUAAUCAGUGUGCUUAAAUGUUGUAUGUUAUAAGAAUGUGUAUAUUCUUCUUCUUCUUUUUUUUUUGGUCAGAAUAAGAAUGUAUAUAUUCAACUCCUAGUUUGGGAUAAAAUUACAAAAUCCGAAGUUUACAUCUAUGUAAGUACUGUUAAGUUCCUGUU